AUGUCCGCCAUCACUCCAGACCAGAGUGCUGCUUCGCCGAUGCGAAGUAAAUCACCGGCCUUCAAAAACCUGCGCAUGCAGGAAGCUUAUAUCAGGGAUAACUCUAUCAAGGCAAAAGGCCACAAAAGACUUGACGUCGUCUACCUGGGUAUCGCCAUUGCGAAGGACGAGCAUCAUCCCGAUGAAUUUGUGAUCGGCAUAACCGCACACGAUGGAACAUACUCUAUCAACUACACCGCAGGAAAGUAUCCCCCGGGUGAGGUAUCGGCUGCUAGUGGCUCUGAGCUGUCUUCGGGGUCUAGUUCCGGUGUUGACACUCCGGCAACUGGCACAUCCGGAACGUCCCAGGCUGUUCAUUCCACCAAGACUUUGGCAACCUUUGUUCUCGAAAUGAUUGAUGAAUAUCGUAAGCAACAUCAUCACAAGGUUGCUGGUGCUGGUAUAACUCAGCAAGCCGUUGUUCUGUGCCCUGAGCUUCCCAGUCUGCUGUGGAGUUGCAUUGAUGUUGUCUGCCUUGUUUUCGCACCAUUUACCGACGAAACACGGGGAGAACCUUUUCUAAACUUGGAGUCUCAGGUAGACGAAGAGUCUGACUCAGUGGUUCGUAAGGCUAUUGAGAAAUACGGCCCAGGCAAUGUUCCACGAUUGAUGGUAAAGGGGCGCAAUGAAGUCGCUGUCGAUGCUGAUUCAGUUGUGCAACUCACCAGCCUUGAGGAUUACAAGAGCUCCGUUCAUGCCAACACCUGGAAGACAACCAUGCAUUUCGCAGAUUCGCUCAAGAAGAACGAUAUCAGGAUUGCCUUCUUCAAUACAACGCCCCAAGGUGGCGGUGUCGCCCUAAUGAGACACGCCCUCAUUCGGUUCCUUCGUCUUCUCGGUGUUAAAUGCAAAUGUGAGAUCUUCCGGAUUACCAAAAACAAUCACAACAUUCUCCAGGGCGUGGACGAGAAGCUUCAGCUCGAAGAUGAGCAAGCUAAAAUGCUCGACGAGUGGUGUGAGCAGAAUGCUGCACGAUACUGGAUCAAACCCGACAAAGGGCCUCUUGCCCAUCCAGAUCAAGGUGGAGCCCAUGUUAUCAUCGUCGACGAUCCGCAGAUGCCAAAACUCGUCGAUAUUGCUAAGCAAAUUGACCCUAAUCGUCCAGUCAUCUUCCGCAGUCACAUUCAGGUUCGCGCCGACCGGGCCAAUGAUGAAAGUACUAAUACUGCGCGAGUUUGGAAUUGGGUAUGGCAAAAUGUUAAGAAGUGCGAUGUGUUCGUAAGUCACCCGGUUCCUGACUUUGUACCCAACAAUGUUACUUCUGAAAAGGUUGGUUACAUGCCUGCCACGACUGAUUGGCUUGAUGGCCUGAACAAGAAGAUGGAUACGUGGGGAUACAAUGCACUACAUUUUAAGUUCGCGUUUCCCAACCGCAAAUACAUCGUCCAAAUCGCCCGAUUCGAUCCGGCGAAAGGCAUACCCGACGUCCUGGCAUCGUAUGCUUAUCUCCGCAGACACUUCAUGCAAGAUGAGGAGGAUAUUGAGAAGAUACCCCAACUAGUCAUAGCCGGUCAUGGCGCAAUAGAUGACCCGGACGCGCUUCCAAUCUAUGACGAGACUAUGGCUGCCAUCAACAAGCUGUAUCCCGAGUUCGCAGAAGACAUCAUCGUCAUGCGCGUGGGACCAAGUGAUCAAGUACUGAACGUACUGAUGCGCGAAGCCCAUGUUGCUCUGCAACUCUCCACUCGGGAAGGUUUCGAGGUCAAGGUCAGCGAAGCAUUGCAUGCUGGCGUGCCCAUUAUUGCAACAUGGCGCGGUGGCAUUCCUCUACAGGUGGUCGGCGACCGAGCAGGUUAUCUCAUAGAAAGAGACGUGAAAGACAAGGAGACGGGACAAUCUGUCGCCAGAGAUGCAGGUGAAUUUGCGCAAGCAGUGGCCGAGAAGCUUCAUCUCUUGUUUACCAGCCCCACGACUUAUGACAGUAUGUCAGAGUAUGCCAGUAACAACGUCAGCGAUGAGGUGAGUACGGUUGGCAACGCGCUUUGCUGGCUGUAUCUUGCGGACACUCUCGCCAAGGGCAAAUCGGUUGUACCAGAGCGAAUGUGGAUCCAUGACAUGGCGCGACAACUUGCAGCUGAAGAGGGGGUGGUCUUCGAAGACACCAAAACCGAAACGAAGUUGCCGCGAGUGGACCUUCUGCAGCCGUCACAGUAG